GAUAGUUUUGCAGCUCUCUCGUAGCAACACAGCAACGAUAACUGCUAGCAUCGGCAAUUAAUAAUUUUUAAGUUUAUUUUUAUUAGUUCUCAGAUUGUGUUUGUUUGUUUUUGUUUACGUUAAAGUGUAUUUAUGUUAACUUGUUAGAUAACGCAGCCAGCAUUCGGUCAAGCCAUGCGAAUUGCUCAUGUGAAAGUCGAUUGAAAGCGCCUAAACACGAAAUCUACAUAAAUCGCAUCCGUCGCUGUCGCCGUCGCCGUCGCCUAUGCCUCUGUGUACGUGAUGUAUGUGUGGAUGUGCAUGCGCCAGUGUUAGUGUGUGCCCGAAGACUUUGUCGCUGCUGUCGCCUUUUGACGGGCCAAACAAAAGGGCGGGUAAAAGAAAAGUCAACAAAAGUUUGCCCGAACGGGAACGAGGGGAAGCAGCAGCUCCCUGGCAAUUUGCAAUUGACAGCGCCAUAACGGAACCAUCAAAAAUGUUCACAAAGAAGAAGAAGAAACCGCUGAUCUCGAUGCCGAGCAAUUUCGAGCAUCGCGUGCACACGGGCUUCGACAAGCGGGAGAAUAAAUAUGUCGGCCUGCCGCUGCAAUGGGCCUCCAUUGUGGGCAAUAACCAGAUAUUAAAGUCCAGCAAUCGACCGCUGCCGCUUGUCGAUCCCUCGGAGAUAACGCCAACCGAAAUUCUCGAUCUGAAGACAAUUGUGCGUCCGCAUCACAAUAACAACAAGGCGGACACAACAUCGCUGAACAGCAGCAGCAGCACCAUGAUGAUGAGCAAUCCCUCUGGUGCGGCCGCAAUGCUGCCCCAGCAACAGCAGCUGCAGCAACAGCAACAACAGCAACAGCUGGUGCUGCCCAAGACAUCGCAUGUGGCGCGCUCGAAUUCGUUGCGCAGCUCCAGUCCGCCGCGUGUGCGUCGUGUGGCCAAUGUGCCACCGGCUGUGCCCGAGGAGGAGUCGUCGGUUUCAGCUGCUGCCACGCCCACACCAACAAUGCCUGGCCAUGGCUUUAAGCCGCAACAGCCGAUGCCACACAACAUGCUCUAUCCCAGUCAACACGCCCAUGCGCAUCCGCACCAGCAUCCACAUCCGCACACACAUCCCAAUGGCGCCGUCACAGGUCCACUGGCUGUGCGCACCGAUCAGUACCGUGCUGCUCCGGGCAUGCCGCAGCAACAGCAACAGCAGCAGCAAACGUCGCCGGUGAGCUCUGUGGCCAGUGCAACGCGUUCUACGCAUUCGCAUCACAACAACAACAAUAACAACAACAACAAUGGCCAGAACCCAUAUCCCAUGUACCCUGCCUCACAACAGCAACAGCAGCAACCAAAACUUGUGGCCGAUCAGAAUCAGAAUCCACAUAUCAAUCACGCCAAGACAGCAUCGCGCGCCUCCAGCUCCAGUGGCAAUGCAGCUGCACUGGCCGCUGCCGCCCAAGCACAGGCUCAAGCGCAGGCCCAACCCAAACAGGAGCAGCGUCUGACACACGAGCAAUUCCGUGCCGCAUUGCAAAUGGUUGUAUCGGCGGGCGAUCCGCGCGAGAAUCUCGAUCAUUUCAAUAAAAUUGGCGAGGGCUCCACGGGCACCGUUUGCAUAGCCACCGACAAGUCAACAGGUCGUCAAGUGGCCGUCAAGAAAAUGGAUCUGCGCAAGCAGCAACGACGCGAGCUGCUCUUCAACGAGGUGGUCAUCAUGCGUGACUAUCAUCAUCCGAACAUUGUGGAGACAUACUCCAGCUUUCUGGUCAACGAUGAGCUCUGGGUGGUCAUGGAAUAUCUCGAGGGCGGCGCACUCACCGACAUUGUCACACAUUCGCGCAUGGAUGAGGAGCAAAUAGCCACCGUUUGCAAGCAAUGCCUAAAGGCUUUGGCCUAUUUGCACUCACAGGGCGUCAUCCAUCGUGACAUCAAAUCGGACUCCAUACUGCUGGCCGCGGAUGGACGCGUCAAGCUGUCGGACUUUGGUUUUUGUGCGCAGGUGUCGCAGGAGCUGCCCAAGCGCAAAUCAUUGGUGGGCACACCGUAUUGGAUGUCACCGGAGGUUAUAUCGCGUCUGCCAUACGGCCCCGAUGUGGACAUCUGGUCGCUGGGCAUUAUGGUCAUCGAAAUGGUUGACGGUGAGCCGCCGUUCUUUAACGAGCCGCCGCUGCAGGCGAUGCGUCGCAUACGGGACAUGCAGCCGCCAAAUCUAAAGAAUGCCCACAAGGUAUCGCCGCGUCUGCAAUCGUUCUUGGAUCGCAUGCUCGUCCGUGAUCCAGCGCAGCGUGCCACAGCCGCCGAGCUGCUGGCGCAUCCAUUUCUACGGCAAGCGGGACCGCCAUCGCUGCUGGUGCCGCUGAUGCGCAACUCCAGACACCACACCUGAAGUGGUUGGGACACUUUGCUGAUCUUGAGGAUGACCGCAAUGAUGCACUGCAGCCAUUUGGGACACGCUUGCUGCUGCUUUAGUUUUCAAACUCCACUUAAAUGUAGUAUUAUUCACACUUUGGCUACGCUUUUAGUACUUGGCAAUUGCUACUUAAACCCCUCGUAACCCUUCCCCCACGCACUAUGCAUUGUUAAGUCAUUAUGCCACGCCCUAAAGUACACACACACACACACCCACACAACCAUACACACACAUUUUACGCAUUUGAAUUAAGUAUUCCAUGGCGGCAUUUAGCAAAUGCUACACAAUAUUUUAUAUAUAUAUAUAUUUAAAAAAGAAAACUCUCUAAUAGUAAAACUCUCAAGCGAUCCUCAUCUAUGUCACCCCUGCCCCUCCCUAACUACUUCUACCCCCUUUCCGUUCCCAUUUUGUUAUUGUUUCGUGUAAUUUGUAACAUAUUUUAUAUGAUAUAUGUCUACACAUAAGAUCGAACGCAAAAUGUGCCUUUCUCUCGCGAAACAGACUAGGAAACAUUUCAACGAAUAUUUAAUGUGACCAUGGAGGACAGCACUCGAUUGUUAUUGCCGUUUUGAGCCAAGGCGCAGAGCCAUUGCAAAAUGUUAUUCUUUAUAGACAAAUAUAUAUUCUCUUCAAGCGCCAUUUGGUAACAGCUAAUACUCGAUCGAACGUGUUCUAUAUAGAUCCAAACCAAAAUCAAUCCUAAGCUCUGUUCUAUGCAAAUGCAACAUUUUCAACAUUUUCAAUAUGUUUUUUAAAAUUGAAUAUUUUGUUUGCAACUGUCUCAAAAGCGCAAGCGGGCACAGUUCUUGUCAAUAUAAUGGUUUUACUCUAUUAUUAAUAUAUAUAUUAAUUAUUAUGAUUAUAUUUUUUGUGUGGUUAUGUUGAGAGCUGCAUUAACAUUGUUCGAAUAUAUAAACAAAUAUAAAACUGAAUAUAUAGUAUAUUUAGCAUAAGCAUUGAGAAACAACGAAUCAUAAAUAUUGCUCACAUCCAACGAAAAUGAUGUACUGCUAAAAUAACCAUUAAUAUACAUAUAUAUAUAUACAUAUAUAUCAUCUAUAUAUAUAUAUAUAGAUAUGUAUAAAUAUUUUUAUAUAGACGUAAGCAAGCCUGUACUUAUUGUUGUCAUUUGAACGCAUGCUCCAAGCUAAGGCUCCAUACAAUCUACCCUAUGUAUAGCAAUUAUUUAUAUCAUAAAUAAGUUAUAUAUUGCUCGAAAUCAGAUUUGACAUUUGUGGACUGUUAAACCCAAGAUUAUACAAAAUACAUUCCCCCAAUUGACCCACAAUUGAAAAAUACCAAUUAUAAGUAUAAAUAUAUA